UGCAAAAGAUGCUUUUUUGAUUUGAGGGAAAGGAAGCUACUUUAUGCUCGGGGAAUCCUCUUAUAUCUUUGCCUAGCAAGUUUUUCUACAGGCUCUAAGUGUUUCUCUUCUGUUGCAACACAAAUAGUAGUUUCACGGCUCUCCUUGUUCUGAAACUGGUCCAACCUGAAGACUGAGCGAGUAGCUACAAGAUGUCCUCUUCGCAUCAGCAGCAUUGGUCGUAUGAGUCCUCUUAUCCAGUCGCUAGUCAUCAUGAUAGCUUAGCUCGCUGUGCUCAUCCCUCUGAUCUUAACAGGGUCAAUCCUAAACCACACCCACAGCUAAGACGUCACACUAGCGACAGAUCGGCCGAGCAUCAUCGCUCAAGAAACAAGUUGAGCCAUGAAACCUCAGCGUCCAAUCAGAUUGCUUCUCUUAGUAGCGGGUAUGUAUCUGCUGAUCACAGGACCUCGGAUUAUCCUCACUACAGGAGCAGCAGGGGGAGUGGUUUAGACUAUAAGCCACACAAAGAACGGGAGUUUGUUCGCUCUACGACCAGUCCAGAUAUCGGAGCCUAUCAAUUAUCUUCUCUCGAUAGACACUCGUUCUCAGAUGGCAGUCAAUCCAGUUUUACCGGUUCCUCUGCUGAAGCGACCAAUCGAAUGGGGCCAUCUCAUGUAGGCGGGGUGGAGCGUCCGUACAGGGAAAGCCCCAAUAGCAGUCAGUCGGAUUUUUCUGAUCAUCAUCAUCAUCAGCGAUAUAGUGGGAGUCGUGCUGGAGGUGGUUCAAGUUCUGGUCUGUAUCAUUCUCUUCCUCGUUCGAGGAGCUCACUGGCUGCCAGUGGAUCAGCAACUGGUCUUGAUCUAUCAACUGAAGACAGAAACCACAAAAGCACAUACAACCAUCCAUCAGGUGUCCUUCAUGGAUCAGGUAGAGUCUGGCCUGUAGAGGAAGAGGAUAAGCUGUUACAGCGUCAGGCUCAUCUUCCUCCCAGGACUAUCAAUACAGCCGAUGACUACUGGAUGCCAAGGCAUAUCCCUCCUGUGUAUUUCUCUCGAUCUUCUACCACUUCUCCUUCAUUUAGCAGUGAAGCUGAGAGCAAUGAGACCCCGUGGUAUGAACAGGAUAAUCCUAACAUACACUCUGGUCUCAUGUUUUAUUCCCCCAACCAUCCACCUGCUCCCCCUCCUUCUCUCCCCUCUCAUCAUCCUCGCCCACACUCUUACCACCACACCACCUCACCAAUUGAUGGAACUGGCAUCCCAUUGUCAAGACCACACCUACCAACCACGCCUACAAGAGACCCCGUCAGUCGAGAGUAUGACGUAAUGUCGGAGCAAAAGAUGCUGUCUCAGCAAAGACUGGCUCGUUAUUUUAGCCACAGCCAGGGAGAAGGAGGAGGAGGAGGAAAAGGGGAGAGGAUGUUUCGUAGGGAGUCCAGUCCGGCUGAGUUAGGACAAACCCCUCCUCUUCAUGAUCACGAUAAACUUGAGAGCAUCGGAGAGAAACCAUCCCCAAAAACAGGAAAGCGGAGUCCAUCAAAGCACAAGAAAGUGGGUAGGAGCAAGUCAAGUGCUAUUGGUAAGCUUGUCAAGAAGUUCAGCACUAAAGGAGGAAAGAAUGACAAAUCCCUAAAGACUGAAGUGAGCAAUGGAGAUAAAAAAGGUCUCACUGGGAGCGGCAGUAAUCUCGAUGGGUUCCUUCAACGUGUCAAGCGAUCGCAAAGUAUGGAGCUACUCCAGUUGGCUGCCACUCCGGUACUUGGUAAUGGACGUAAGGUGACCACGCCCACUCCCAGUCCAUUGACCACGCCCAAAGUUGGGAAGAGUAUAUUUAGAGCUCGAAGGAACAGCGAGUCCGACCUUGAGAACUUGGGUACCCUAGUACGUACUGGUAGCAAGAAGAACCUUGCAAUGGAUACCACACAAGCUUUGUUUGAAGCCAUUGAAUCAGAAGAUGAAGGAAAGUGUCAGGCUAUACUGGAGAGUCAGGACACCAUACCUCCUGAUAUUAACAGCACCAAUGAUGAUAAUUGGACUCCACUGGAUUUAGCUGCCAUGCUUAAUGAGAGAAUAGCCUUACUCCUCUUAGCUUAUGGAGCAAAAGACUCUGCAAGAUAUUUUAAGGAUCCAGAGUAUCGUAGAGACCAUUUGAAGGAUCUGUUAAAGAAAGCCGACACCGAAAGAAGAUCAGUAGCUGAUAUGAUACAAGCCAGUGGAGGAGGAUCUAAGGAGUUGGAUAGGCAGCUGGUACAUUGGACGUCUCGUGUUAAUCUAAUGAGAAAAAUGAAAUCAAAUAUUGACAAGACUAAUCCUCCUGGUGCUCCUCGUCAUGUACAGUUAAGUGUAACUUCUGCUGAGUCCCUCACAGUAAGGUUCUCAGAACCAGAGUUCUCUAAUGGAGCGCCUGUCACCAGAUACAAAAUUCAAUGGAGUAAAGGAGAGCAGUUUACUAGAGAGACUGGUGAAUUUACUCUCUGUGACGCACGGAAUAAAGAAUAUGUGAUACCAGGACUGGACAAUGGUGUGAGGUAUUAUGUUAGAGUGUCAGCAUUUAAUCUCAAAGGAUACGGACCACCAAGAACUUCAGUACCAACUUAUGCAAUACCUUCAAGCUGGCAUGAUUGUAAUAAGUCCAAGCCACGCUAUUAUGGCAGUACCACACAGAUUGAGAUCAUUUCUGCCAACAUGAAUAAAGUAUUAUCACAACAGGACGCCAAUGCUUAUUCUGGUACUGGCACUCCAUCUACUUCUUCUAACAGGCGAAGCAUCAAAAAAGGACUCACGAAAUUUUUCAAUCAGGGGGUCAAAUUUCACAAGUCUCUUAAAACUGGCGUUUACCUUUCCUCCAUUCUUUACUCUGAUGAGGGGCGUGUCCUUGUUACCGUUGACGACAACCUCCCACUGGUCGAAGUGUCAGACUCCCUUCCUAGCUCAAUCGGAGGCGACUUUGCCUGGGUUGCAAAGGUUGCAUGCAAUUGGGAAGAUGUACAGGACAUGUCGGACGAGUCAGACACCCAUACCUCAUCACCAGCGAUACAAUUCAGAAAUAAACUGCUACACGCUCUCCUCAUGCUACAGGAAGGCACUGGGUUACAAGAUCUUGGCUUGUUGCAUCAUCGAACGUAUCAAGACUCACACGGAUCAUUGAUAUUCGUAUUAGUACAGUAUAUUGAGGAUUAUAAAAGCGCUCAAGGUGUCAGUACUAAAUGGUCUAGUAUGGCCAAGCUAAGGCGUAAGUUUGCUCAGUUCGAAAGCAGCGGAGGAUCUGAUCAUGUGACUGACGUCUCAGCUGACCAGCUGCUUAGAGAUGUACCUAAUAUAAUCCAUCAUCACACCCGUUGCUCACACGUAUUACAAAGGGGGCUUUAUUUGGGAUACCUCAAGGCCCGAGUGAGCAGUUCGGUUGGUUCUAUGACUGUUGUUACCUCAGGUACCUUACCUAACGUACUGCCUCAUUAUAAGAUAAGAGAGAAUCCUAACAUCUCUCAGAGUGAGUGGCUCUGGCUCAAUUCACUACACAAGAAACCUGAGGCUGCAUCCACUACUAGCUAUGACAAUCAAGGUCCCCAGUCGCUUCAAAAAAUAUUAUGUUCUUCAGUCGAACAUUUCCUUAACAUUUUAGGCAUUGACCCAGAGGAGACUAGCCAGACCCAGUUAUACACAGAGGAAGUAAUUGAGCUGAACGAGAAUGUGACGUUUCUCUUAUUAAUGCCCUCCCCAGAGAACGUGUGCACUCCACCUGGUAGCUCGGACCAGUUUGACGGUCCCAGUUUUAGUCACACACCCAUUGCCACCUUUGAAUUAUUGCAAUUAUACACUUAUCAGAGACCGUUCAUGCUUAAAUUUGCACAAGUCUCUUCUCGUUUAGACAUUGAGCUCCUCAUUACGCAGAAGAAGAGAAGAGAGGCUUUUUCAAAAGCUGAGAUAGCAGCUGCAAAAACUCAGCAUGAGCAGUUACAAAAAAUCCAAGAGGACACAGAGCAGGCCUGGAAGCAAAUGAGGUGGAUUGAGACAGCUUUAAAGAUCGGACGAGAGACAGAGGUGGAUAACAGACUGAUUGUCAAAGAGUUAAGAAAGAAGUUCUUUAAGAUGACACGCUCAAGCACUUCGUCGUCUCUCUCUUCCUCUACCUCUAGUGCUGGCGGGUCAUUCUCCUCACCUAUUAAAAAAUCUGUUGCCAAUGUUUUAUCUGCACCUAACGUUAACCAGUACAUACGGGUUUAUCCUGCUUAUGAGACUGGUCUAUCCAAAGGAACAAGUGUCAAGAUAUUUUUAACGCCUUUGACUGUUACUGACGAAAUCAUACUUGUAACUGUUGAGCAGCUGGAAAAGGCUAGAAAAGAGAAAGGGAUACCUGGGUAUGGUAUUCGUGGGCGGGAUUUAGCCGAUUUCUAUCUUGUUGCCAUGCUGCCUGGUCAUCGUGAAGAGGUUUUGGCUCCAAGGUUCACUCCACUUCAGCUGCUGAAUUAUUCGUCAAAGUAUAAGUUUAUUCUCAGACGAUCGAUGGAUCAACAAGCCACGGACGUUUAAGCUGUUACAGUGCAGCCUUUCUCUCUUUUUUGUAUCAUUUUUAUAAAAAGAAAACAUGUCCUUUAUUGUUAUUAUUAUUAUUAUUAAUCUUGUUAUGCUAUUAAUUUUACAGGUCAACUUCUACUUAUCAUUCUACUUUAUUCUAUUGUUUAUAAUUAUA